GAUAACGAGAGAUUGAGCCAAUCAAACAUGUUCAGCCGAGAAUAUAAGCAAUCGACAUUAAAAAGGAUGAUCAUUCUUGAAGGCAGCACUGAUGAACUCAUCAGGCGUUUUCGUCUCUGACAUUUUAAUACUUUUCAGCAUCACUUGUUCUUUUUGAUAUCGUAAUGAAGUUCGACGACAUUUUAGCAACUGUUGGCGAGUUUGGAAGGUAUCAGCACCGUCUAUACCUUAUUCUUGAUGUUUUCAAGUUUACGAUUUCCUGGGCUGAAUUCAUUCAUAUCUUCAUCGAAGCCCCCGUUGACCAUUGACUCCCGAGCUGGACUCGUUGUGUGAGAAAAAUGGCAUGUUAACUGAUACCGAGGCGUGUGUGCUGGCACAGAAAGAAAGAAGUAUCCCGUCAAACCAUACCCCUGAUGGGAAGCUGGUCUACGCACAAUGUGAGAAAUACAACAUGUCGGGAGUGGGAUUCUGGCCCGUGACCGAUCAAAGCAAUUACAGCAGCGAGACGAUGUAUUGUGACAGUGGCUGGGUCUACAAUGACAGCCAAUACCAGACGACAACAGUAACUGAUUUUGAUCUGGUAUGCGACGAUGACAAUCUCACUGAAAUGUCCCAAUCUAUUUUUUACCUGGGAAUUGUAGCUGGUUCUAUUUUCUUUGGCGUCCUUUCGGACAGAUUUGGACGAUGGUUGGCGUUGUUCAUCGGUAAUAUUAUAUCACUUGUUUCCGGUGUAGCUCUUGCCUUUUCACCAACCUGGUUCUUCUUUGCUAUUAUGCGUUUCUUCAUGGGGUUUGGUAACACUGCACUGAACACAGUACUGUAUAUUAUAGGUAUUGAGUAUAUUGGGCCAUCGAAGAGGAACGUUAUAAUUCUAGCAUCUAUCAGCUAUGCACUUGGAUACCUGUUACUAACACUCCCGGCAUACUACAUCAGAUCCUGGCGGACCUUACAGCUUGUCAUGACUGCACCCAUUUCCAUCCUUUUUAUAUUCUUCAUAUGGCUGCCGGAGUCACCGAGAUGGUUAAUAUCAAUGGGUCAAUACGAGAAGGCGGAGAGGGUCAUAAAGAGGUUUGCCAAAGUCAAUAAGGUGGAUUUACCGAAGCCUGUCUUUAGCAAAGACUUCAUCGAGGAACAAGAUAAAAUUCGCAAGGCGCGGAAACCCAAUGGUCUCGACUUAAUCAGAACACCUAGGAUGAGACUACGUACAAUCAACCUUGUUUGUAUAUGGAUGGUGAAUUCGUUGGUAUAUCACGGCCUUUCGCUCAACAGUUCAAACCUUGGUAUUGAUCUCUAUCUCGCUUUUGCUCUCUCGGCUGCAGUUGAAAUCCCAGCCUACAUUCUGGCUUUCGUCAUCGUUGAGUUCUUUGGUCGGAAACUUAGUGUCUUCGGUUGUAUGAUGCUGGGCGGGGUUGCUUGUAUCUCAACAGCGUUCAUUGAACACGCCAUUGCAUUGACGAGUGUUGCCAUGAUAGGCAAGUUUGGGAUCUCGGCGGCAUCAAACAUCAUUUAUCUGUACACUGUGGAACUUUACCCCACAAAUAUAAGAGGUGUUGCCGUUGGUAAUUGUGCAAUGUUUUCGUAUAUAGCUGGUAUCUUAGCUCCCCUUAUACUCAUCCUCGUCAAGUAUUGGGACCCUCUGCCUCUGGUAAUCUAUGGCUCUUUAUCCGUCAUGGCUGCGCUUUCGACCCUCUUCUUGCCCGAAACCAGGGGGAAGAAACUCCCCGAGACGCUCGAAGAAGGGGAACGAUUCGGCCUACGAGACACGGGUGAUGGAGACAUUAAAUCUAUGACGUCACAGCCGGGACCGAAGGAAAUGUUCGGGGAUGACGUCGACAAUGGACAUGAUAAUGAAAACGUACACGUCAUAUCGGUUGAUAACAGCCAUGAAAACCCUGUGUUUACACUGGAGGACGAGCAUGAUGAUAGUGGAAGGGAGAGGGCCAUGUGCAAUGGGGACACUUUGGAAAACCAUAUAGAAAGUGCAAUCACACUAGAGGCUAAUGGGAAGGGACGCACAAAUGACAUAUCAAAUGGAGUUGCGGUGAACAACGACAUAUACACGAUACAUAGAGUAGAGGAUGAAUGCAACGAUGAAAAUGGAAACAUAAACUACAUUUCGGGGGUAAUAGUUCAUGAUAUCAACUGAAGAUGAACUGAAUAUCCCAAAUAUAUUAUGGCGUGUGGACUAAUGAAAUAUGUCUAAGUGUUUGGCAGCAAUAAGAAGCGACCUCUCGAUCAGAGACAGAGACAUCAAAAAGAUAAAGAAUAGAGAGAAGAGUAAGGGAGAGGAAGAAGGGGGAAGAUUGAUGACCUCCAUACUUUAGCCAUUAUUGAAAUAGGUAAUACAAUUCUUUUCAUAAAUAAUAAGUGUUUUUUUUUUCAAAAUAGUUCAAUAUUAAAAAAAAUAAUAUAUGAUAAUAUUUAUUUGUAUGUAUAUGGUCUUAUUAUGGUCUUUAGAAAACCACGAACUGACGAAUUGUCAGUAAAUAAAUCAAUUGCAAUCAAAGUCAACGAUUAGGCCGAGAAAAAAACCUUCAUUUCCUCAAGGACAUGAUGAAUCAUGAUGGUCCAGGUAAAUUACGGAUAGCGAUAUUAGUAUUGUCAUUACGGCCACCGUGGAUUUGGUUAGGUUUCAUGAAAAUGUCGGACUUUUUACUGGUAAGGCUGACAUAGGCCUGCGUAAACAAUAUGACACAUAAUUAUACUGUUAACAAAGAUGUUUUUAUAUUUGAAAGGGGGGGGGGGGCUGGGAUAACGAUUUAAACUUUUUUUCGAUGGAAGUGUGGUCGGCUAGGUUGUCUACGCAAACAACAAGAAUACAGGGUAUUUAAUAGCUUACAUCGUAGUGUAUCAUCUGGAUAGGCAGAUAUUCUAGACAGAAGGUUGUAUAUACUGAUAGAAUAGUAUAGGGCAGUGGCCGUAAAAAUGAAUGGUUUAUAUCUAAACAAUUGUGAAAGAGUCAUGGUCUUUUUUUUCUUCAAAUUAUGGAAAUGAGUGAAGCGGGCUUUGUUCAUUUAAAUCGAAGUUGGGAAAAGAAUUAAUACGUCGAAUUAGGGGAAUCAAAUUACACAGAAGAUGUUGGACGAUAAAUGACCAAAUGUUGGUUGGACGGGUACGACACGAAAGUUAGUAAAGCAUUUUUCACCACCAAACAAAUUAAUCUAAGACUGUGAAUUCUUUUAAAUUACUUUGAUUUGCGAAGCAAUAAAGCCUGUGCCAACAGGAUUACUG